AUGUUCCGUCUCGCAGCUCUCGCCGUCCUUUGCUGCAGCGCUGUGCGCGCGCAAGUCGUCACUUCCGUGCAAGCACCGCCGUCACAGAUCGUGCAAGUCGCUGCCCAGCCAGUGCAUGUUGUCCAAUCAGCUCCGAUUGUUCAACGCGUUAUCCAAACCGCGCCAGUGGUCGUGGCUGCCGCGGCUCCCGUUGUGGAGCCCGCGUACCCUCCUCAGCCGUACCAUUUCUCGUACACAACCGUCACGGAGGAAGGAGCUCACAGCCACGAGGAGACCUCCGACGCCGCCAAUCGACGCCAGGGCUCUUACAGUUUGAGUAUCGCCGACGGAAGGCAGAGGAUUGUGAGAUACGUAGCCGAUGAGAACGGAUUCCGUGCCGCCAUCGAAACUAACGAACUCGGUACCGAAUCCAAUUCUCCGGCGGCGGUCCAAAUCGUCUCGACCGCGCCGACGGGUCCAGAAGCAGCUAUUCAAGCCGAAGCUUACCUGUCACGCACCAUCACCGGGUUCCCCUACUACAGAAGAGCUUCGUCCAAGGCCUAAGCUUCGCCCUAAGAAUGCGAUCAAAGAGAUAGAAUCGUUCUAGUUUGGAGGAAUGCUAGA